UCCCGAGAUCCGAUGAAAGAAUUCAUUUCCUCGCACCACUGGCUCGAGGAAUCAGUGGGCGAAAACAGAUAAGGCAAAUAGGCAUACAACAGGACAUCUACAACAUCGUGCUCUAAGAGUCUGUUUCCAAGCAAGAUGAAGCAGAAGAUUGCGUUGAUUACGGUAAUGCUGUUGGCGCUGGUCACGUGUGACGACCAAGACCAAGACAACGACGACCAUCAGAAUUACAUUCAGUAUUAUUACGAUCAAGAUGAGGCUCAACAAAGGUAUAACAAAGUGUCAGGUUGUAAAUCAAAUUGUCAUAGCCGACGCUCACUGAGAUGUGGAAGUAACGGCAUAACCUACUUAAACAGAUGUUACCUACAGAAUGCGAGAUGUGAUGAUCCAGCCAUCAGAAUGGUCAGUAGAGGACCAUGUCCAGAGUCAGAAUUUUACAGACAAGAAUCGAAUGUCAUACUGUGCCUGAAUACCCGUACGAAUACAAACAGUGGUAGCGAUAGUGGGGAACAACGGCAGCCGAUGUUUAUAAGAUGCCUGCAAACUUCUAAUAAUGGAGGUGGUAAUGGAAAUAAUGGAGGGACUGAACAAGGAGCUGUUAAUGGUGGUAGUGACGGUGGUAAUGGUCUUGGUGGUAUCGGUGGUGGUGUCACCGAUGGUGCACCAUAUGCACCUGACAAUGGUAAUGGUGGAAAUGAUGGUGAUACGAAUGGCGACAGAGCUACGGCAUUGCCAGGCACAUCUCAAUAUCAGCGAGGGGGUAAUACACCCACAAUACCAACAGCAGACGUACCGGCAUGCAAUGAGACCUGUCCAUUGCUCUAUACACCAGUUUGUGGCAGCGACGGCACCACUUAUUUCAACGAAUGCACUCUAGAGUCGAACCGCUGCUUGCUUUACCCUAACCUACAAAAAAUAGCAGAUGGGGAAUGUCCUGAUAAGCCUAGUCGUGGCGACAUAUAGCAUUAUUAGCUUUUUUCGAUCCCACUAGUUUUAGAUUUUAAGUACAUGAUAGUUUUGGGGUUUCGUUAAAAAAAGGUUAUAUUUUUCAUGUCAUGACCCCCGAUUACCGUCCGAAUGAGCUAAGCAGUCAAUCUGGUAUACGGUAGACCACUUCUACCCAUUAAAGACACGUUUUUAAAAAUGCACAAUUAGUUGAGAAAUUACCGAAUUAUUCAAUUUUAAAAGAUAUAUUAGCUUUUUAGGUAAAGCAUAUAAUAAAAAUAAAUGAAGCUAUUUUACAUCAAUUGAAAACAUUUUGAUAAAGAUAGCAUAUGAUAUAUCAUUGUGUUUGUCUAUGCAAGUGAUACAAAACAAAUAAACUAGUCAUUUUAAUGUUA